AUGGCGUCGCCAACUCAUAGUGAUGCGUCGUCGCAGAGCCGUGAUUGCGAGCUUGAGCUGAAUUACGAGUCUUCUGACUUCGAUGUCGAGGGUUCAUCACUUGAUGGAGGAAUACGGCCCUACCAAUUUGAGCCCGAAUUUAACGGCAACAGUCACAUUGAUUCUGCUGAAGAAAACGAUGAUGCUUUGGUCGAUCGCCUGAAUACUACCGAGUGGUGUCAGUGUUACAGAUGCCAUGUCAUGCCCUCUGUUGAGGAAUGUAGAUGCUGCUAUGAAAUAAUGCAGGUGAAAGCUGUCUGUGAUGAAGUUCCAAAUACAGCAUGCAUCACAGGACAUCCUGGAUUUAAGCCAGUGUGUCUGGACAAGUAUGUAUUACUAACAGCUUAUCAUGUGUAUAGACCGUACCAUGGAACUAUUCCAGAAUCCUCAGAGAGAUACAGGUAUGUUGCCUACAGGCAACUUGUCCGGUGGUGCUGGGGAUAUUUAGGCAAGGAUGUCAGAGUUCCACUUCCAUCAUGUGCAGUUCAUUUCAUCAGAGAGACAUUUCCUUCACUGAAUGGAGUGUAUCAGGGGUUUAAUUAUGUUGUUGAUUAA